GUAUGGAUAACAGGCUUGCCGAAGCUUGAACGUCAAGAGCACUACGACCAAGGUCCAUACGCCGUCAUUCUUGCACCGACGAGAGAAUUGGCGCAGCAGAUCGAAGAGGAAACCAAUAAGUUCGGAGAAUUGCUGAAGAUCCGAACUGUCUCAGUUAUAGGAGGAGCCUCGCGUGAAGAUCAAGGAAUGAAACUCCGAAUGGGAGUCGAAGUUGUCAUUGCCACUCCCGGGCGUCUUUUAGACGUACUGGAAAAUAGAUACCUUCUUCUUAACCAAUGCUCCUAUGUUAUUCUCGAUGAGGCUGAUCGUAUGCUGGACAUGGGAUUUGAGCCGGAAGUUCAAAAGGUCCUCAGUUAUUUGCCAGUUUCCAAUCAGAAACCUGACACUGAUGAUAUUGAACACGAGGAAGCGUUAAUGAACAAUUUUGCUACAAGGGACAAAUACCGUCAGACGGUGAUGUUCACGGCGACUAUGUCCCCAGCCAUUGAACGUUUGGCAAGAGCCUAUUUACGGCGUCCUGCAGUAGUGCACAUCGGAUCCGCAGGACGUCCCACAGAACGAGUGGAACAGAUUGUCUACAUGUUGUCAGAAGACAAAAAGAGAAAGAAAUUGGUCGAGGUGUUGGAGCAACACUUUGAACCGCCUAUCAUCAUCUUCGUUAAUCAGAAGAAGGGUGCUGACCUUCUAGCGAAGGGUCUCAGCAAAUUGAAUUUCAAUCCUGUCGUCCUUCAUGGUGGCAAAGGCCAGGAAACGAGAGAGUAUGCGCUGCAGGCUCUCAAGGAUAAAACAAAAGAUAUCCUUGUUGCAACUGACGUCGCAGGAAGAGGUAAUUGA